AUGUCAAGUGAUGAACAAAUUCCUGUCGUAGUUGAGGCUGAAAAUGCCAAAGAAUCUCAUAGUACAAAUACAACAGAUGAAGAUAAUGUGAAUAAAGUUAAUGACGAUGAACAAGUUCCACAAUCGGAUGAACAAUUAACAACAGAAAAAGAAAAACAAGAAGAAAAAGAAGAAGAAAAUAAAUCGGAAACAACGGCAAAUGCAAUAGAAGAAAACAAUGAUGAUGGGAAAAUAAAUAAUAAUAAUAAUAAACGUGAUAUUGAUGAAGUUGAUAAAGAUGAUGAUGAGAAAAAAAAUGGUCAACCACAAGAUGAAGAUGAAGAAGCUAUUGUGUCAACAACGACAAAUAAAAAAAUUAAAGUUAUGGGUCCAUUAUCAAGUGAAAAUGGUGGUGAAUCGGAUGAAACUUCAUUAACAAGUGCAAAAGUACCAAAUGAAGAACUAACUGUUGUUUAA